AUCCCUCCACUAAUCCCUAGUAUCAGUAGCUUGCUUAUUCUGCGGGCCAAGCAGCGAUUCUACGGUAAACCGGCCAUCCUGGUUCGUUCUCCAUUCAACGGUUGGUCUGUCCCCAUCCCAUCAGGACCGCUGGUGAGGAUUGCUGUCGACCUCGAAAGACAGGCAGUCGGUUCUGCGCCUUGCCAUGCUCGAAAAAAAAAACGGACAAGGUUUUCCUCACCUCGUCUUCCAUGGCCAGGCCGCAGGGUCAUUUGAAUAUGGUGGGAUUCCCUCAGGGCACUAUCCAUCUUGGCAUAUGACAAACCACCAACCAUAUCGAUUUCCUCUGAUGCACCGAAGUCUUGGCUUGCAGGGACAUAUCACCAGCCAAUCCCAAACCCACCACCCGUCUUACACUAUAAGAGCACAUUUUCUCGGGUUAACCCUGAUAGGGACUGAUGGUCUCCGGGUUAUCUCUUUUCGGCAGGUUAUAUCUCGGCGUUGCGAUUGGCCGUUGUCGCGCCACCCAAUGCAAAAGGCGCGUGACUGCUCAUAUCCCUCAUCAUUCUGGUGUUUAUUUUUCUCUUUCACACGACAGGCAGACACUCAAAGCGUGCUGCCAAGACACGCCUGGGACCUUUGUGCGGCGCGAACCCCCACGUCUGACGGCAUCGCAAUGCCCCGUUUUGGGGACUUAUUCCAGGACAUCACCAGAGCUGGUUCCGUACCUGGAAUCUUGUCCGUGAAGGCCGGCGUGGUUUCUUGGCCAUGUUCCCCUGCUGAUUCGCGCCUGACUACUCGCUCAAGCGCACUGUUGCCUUGGCCGGCAGAACGAAUCCGAGGCCAUCGUUUGGCCGUCUAGUUCCAGGGACCGGACGAUUGACGGAGGAGCUACACGAGAGGCUCAGAACGAAGCUUUGCACAAGACACGGGAUUGCGCGCAACUCGCCGUGGAAGACUUCUUAGUUACUACUUGGCGAUACCAAUGCUCCGUCUGGGCGCAUGUUGCCGCCUUGGUAAAAUCUUGGGAGUCUCGGGG